AUGCACAUCUCCGACGCUGCACAGUCGCCGCUGCUGUCCCCGAACGCGCCCUCCGACACCGCCGUCUUCGCAGGCUUUUUGGCGGCCGACUCCAACAGGCACCAGCCACUAUGCGGUGAUCCGGAGGGCUGGGGGCCAGUGAGCCGCUAUCGCUGGGACCUGACGAGCUGUUUCCUCGACGUGUGGAUAAUGACGGUUGCCGUGUUGCUUGGACUCCUGGGCGGCGCCGCGGCGGUGUACUACCUUCUCCGCAAAUGCACCCCGCAACCUGUGCGGAGGAAUUGGCAUUUCUAUGCGAAGCUGUCCCUCAUCGUCGCUCUCGUUGCCACCCAUGCCUUACAGGCUGCUCUGCAAAUCAAAUACUACAAGCACAUCUGGGCCGGUGACUUCCGGUUCUGGACGACCGUCAUCACCAUCGUUUCGUUCGGCGUCGUUUUUUACAUCCAGUACCUCGAGCACUACCGGUCGCGGAACUCCAAUGGCGUCGUCUUGUUCUACUGGCUGCUCCUGCUCCUCGCCUACGGCGUCAAACUCCGGUCCCUCAUCUCUCAGAAUCUCUACAAGACGCACUUGGCAUACUUUGCGACGUUUUGUGUGAGCGUGGGGCUGGCUUUGACCGAGUUCGUCCUCGAAUGGUUGGUUCCAAAGCAGCUCAGCGCCUACGAUGCGCUCGGCGACGAGGACGAGUGCCCGUAUGAAUAUGCCGACAUCUUCUCUGUUCUUACCUUUAGCUGGAUGACGCCGAUGAUGAAGUACGGUUACAAGAACUUCUUGACGCAGGAUGAUCUAUGGAAUCUGAGGAAGCGGGACACUACAGAGGCCACCGUAGAGGUGUUCACGCACGUCUGGCAACACGAGCUGGACAAGAAGGGCCACCCUUCUCUGUGGAUUGCGAUGGGCAAGGCUUUUGGUGCCCCCUACCUGAGAGGUGCCAUGAUCAAAUGCGGCAGCGAUCUCCUAGCCUUCGUCCAGCCGCAGCUUCUCCGUCUGCUGAUUAGGUUUGUCGAUUCUUAUCGGACAGAUGAUCCUGAACCGCCCAUCCGCGGUGCAGCUAUUGCUCUCGCAAUGUUUGCUGUGUCCGUCACCCAGACGGCUUGUCUCCAUCAGUACUUCCAGAGGGCUUUCGAGACUGGCAUGCGUGUCAAAUCUUCGCUUACUGCCGCGAUUUAUGGAAAGGCUCUGCGUCUCUCAAACGAGGGACGUGCGGCCAAGUCUACCGGCGAUAUUGUGAACUACAUGGCCGUGGAUACCCAGCGUCUUCAAGACCUGACGCAAUUUGGUAUUCAGCUUUGGUCCGCUCCUUUCCAGAUCGUUCUUUGCAUGCUCUCGCUCUACAAGCUUGUGGGAUUGAGCAUGUUGGCCGGUGUUGGCGCCAUGAUAAUUAUGAUUCCCGUCAACGGUUUCAUCGCCCGCAUCAUGAAGACUCUGCAGAAGAAGCAGAUGAAAAAUAAGGACGCCAGGACCAGGCUGAUGACCGAAAUCUUGAACAAUAUGAAGUCCAUCAAGCUCUAUGCGUGGACCACGGCAUUCUUAAACAAGCUCAACUUCAUCCGUAACGACCAGGAACUCAAAACUCUGAGGAAGAUCGGCGCUGCCCAAGCAUUCGCCAACUUUACUUGGUCGACGACUCCUUUCUUGGUGUCUUGCUCUACCUUCGCUGUUUUUGUCCUGACGAACGACCGACCGCUGACCACCGACAUUGUUUUCCCGGCUUUGACGCUUUUCAACCUGUUGACGUUCCCUCUCUCAAUCCUGCCCAUGGUCAUUACCUCCGUCAUCGAAGCCAGCGUCGCUGUCGCGCGUCUCACCAGCUACUUGCUGGCCGAAGAACUUCAAAAGGAUGCAGUCCUCCACGAGCCGCCGGUGGAUGAAGAUGGAGAAGAAAGUGUUCGGAUUCGGGAUGGCACUUUCACCUGGAACAAAUCCGAGUCGAGACUUGCUCUGCAGGACAUCAACUUCACUGCGAGGAGAGGAGAACUCACUUGCGUUGUUGGCCGUGUUGGAGCUGGAAAGUCGUCUUUCCUGCAAGCCAUGCUCGGCGAUCUCUGGAAAGUCAAGGGUAUCGUUGUAGUGAAGGGUAAGACAGCGUAUGUGGCACAGCAGUCGUGGGUCAUGAACGCGUCUGUCAGGGAAAAUAUUGUCUUUGGUUACCGGUGGGACCCGCACUUCUAUGAUCGCACAGUCAAGGCUUGCGCACUCAUAGAUGACUUCGCAUCCCUUCCCGACGGAGAUCAGACAGAAGUCGGAGAGCGUGGUAUUUCACUUUCUGGCGGCCAAAAGGCACGCUUGACGCUGGCCAGAGCUGUUUACGCCCGCGCUGAUAUCUACCUUCUUGACGAUGUCCUUUCCGCCGUGGACCAGCACGUCGGCAGACACAUCAUCGAUAAUGUUUUAGGACCGCACGGUCUGCUCGCAAGUCGAACUCGUAUUCUGGCCACCAACUCGAUCCCCGUGCUCAUGGAAGCGAAUUACGUCCACCUUCUGCGCGAUGGCAAGGUCAUCGAGCAUGGCACCUACGAACAACUGAUGGCGAUGAAGGGAGAAAUUGCUAAUCUUAUCCGUACGGCACACAAUGAAGACUCUGAGGACGAUGGUGAGGUGGGAAGCAGUGACGAAUCCGGAACGGUGUACGGCAUCGGCACAGGAUCCGACGAGCAGCUUGAGACGGAAGAGGCGCAGGAGGGUGUCGGGCAACUGGCUCCAAUCCGGCCAGCCGGCGGCACGGGCCGCAAGCACACUGGUCUUGAGCUGCGUCGUGCUAGCACUGCAAGCUUCCGCGGCCCUCGUGGUAAGCUUACCGAUGAAGAAGGUGCCGGCUUGAAGAGCAAGCAGACAAAGGAGUUUUCGGAACAGGGCAAGGUCAAAUGGAGUGUCUACGCCGAGUAUGCAAAGACCAGCAACCUGAUCGCAGUCGCGAUCUACAUACUCACUCUCGUCGGUGCGCAAAUGGCUCAAAUUGGUGGUAGUGUCUGGUUGAAGCAGUGGUCUGAGGUCAACGGCGAGUACGGCAGUAACCGCAACGUGGGCAAAUACAUCGGCAUCUAUUUUGCUUUUGGGUUUGGCUCCGCUGCACUUGUAGUCGUUCAGACCCUCAUCCUGUGGAUCUUCUGCUCCAUCGAGGCAUCCCGCAAGCUGCAUGAGAGAAUGGCUUUCGCAAUCUUCAGAUCGCCAAUGAGCUUCUUCGAGACCACACCGGCAGGUCGUAUCCUGAAUCGGUUUUCCAGUGACAUCUAUCGCGUGGACGAGGUUCUGGCGCGCACAUUCAACAUGCUCUUCGUCAAUUCAGCAAGAGCUACGUUCACCCUUGCGGUCAUCUCGGCGUCGACGCCCAUCUUCAUUGUGCUGAUCAUCCCGCUCGGGGGGCUGUACCUGUACAUCCAGCGGUACUACUUGCGCACGUCGCGAGAGCUCAAGCGCUUGGACAGUGUUAGCAAGAGCCCCAUCUACGCGCACUUCCAAGAGUCGCUCAGUGGAAUUUCCACCAUCCGUGCUUAUCGGCAGCAGGGCCGCUUUGCCCAGGAAAAUGAGUGGCGCGUGGACGCUAAUCUGCGGGCCUACUUCCCCUCCAUCAAUGCAAACCGUUGGCUUGCGGUCCGGCUCGAGUUCAUUGGCUCAAUCAUCAUCCUGGCGUCCGCAGGCUUUGCCAUCGUCUCUGUGUCAACGGGCAGCGGCCUGUCCGCCGGUAUGGUGGGUUUGGCCAUGUCUUACGCGUUGCAGAUCACCCAAUCACUCAACUGGAUCGUCCGGCAGACUGUGGAGGUUGAGACCAAUAUCGUCUCUGUGGAACGUGUGUUGGAGUACGCUCGCUUGCCGAGCGAAGCGCCCGAUAUCAUUUCCAAGAAUAGGCCCCCGAUCGCGUGGCCGUCCAACGGUGCGGUGAAGUUCAACGACUUCAGCACCAGAUACAGGCCCGGUCUGGACUUGGUGCUGAAAAACAUCAACCUGGACGUCAAGGCACGGGAGAAGAUUGGCGUGGUCGGUCGCACGGGUGCAGGGAAGAGCUCGCUGACCCUGGCCCUCUUCCGCAUCAUUGAGCCGACGGACGGCUGUGUGAGCAUCGACGACCUGAACACAAGCACGAUUGGCCUGCUCGAUCUGCGGCGCCGGCUUGCCAUCAUCCCGCAAGACGCGGCGCUGUUCGAGGGCACGGUUCGCGACAACCUGGACCCAGGCCACGUCCACGAUGACACGGAGCUGUGGAGCGCACUCGACCACGCGCGGCUCAAGGAGUAUGUGGCGAGCAUGCCCGGCAGACUGGAUGCACAGAUACACGAGGGAGGGUCGAAUCUCAGCCAGGGCCAGCGCCAGCUGGUGUCCCUGGCACGCGCGUUGCUCGCCCCGAGCAACAUCCUGGUGCUGGAUGAGGCGACGGCCGCGGUCGAUGUCGAGACGGAUGCAAUGCUUCAGACGACGCUGCGGAGCCCCGUUUUUAGCAACCGGACAAUUAUUACGAUUGCGCACCGGAUCAACACGAUCCUGGAUUCGGACCGGAUCGUGGUGCUCGACAAGGGCGAGGUGGCCGAAUUUGACACGCCGGCAGAGUUGGUGCGGCGCAAGGGUCUUUUCUACGAGCUGGUCAAGGAGGCGAACCUGUUGGGCGCGGUGGAGACGGUGACACCGCAGUGA